AAAUCUCAAUGCUUUGCAAUAAUUGCUGAUGAAACCACGGAUGUUAGUGGCAUUGAGCAAUUUUCAAUUUGUAUACGGUAUGUUGAUCGUUUUGAGAAUGAGGAAAAACUGAGAGAGGACUUUUUAUGUUUUGUUCCUGCUGAGGAUACAACUGGCAGCGGUCUUGCGAAUGUGCUAAUUGAUAAAUUAAAAGAACUUAAACUUAGUUUUGCACACAUAAGGGGUCAAGGUUAUGACGGAGCGCGGUCGAUGAGUGGACAUGUCAAAGGUUGUGCUAGUGUCAUCCAAAAUUUAUAUCCAGCGGCUCUUUAUGUGCACUGUGCUAAUCACAGCUUAAAUUUAGCCACCGCAACGACUUGCAAAAUACCUGCUAUAAGAAAUUGUAUUGGUUCCAUGAAAGAGACCGUAAAUCUUUUUCGGAUGUCAACUAAAGCAGGCACACUGCUCAAAAAUCUUAUUCUUGAAUCCUUUCCAAACUCAAAGCAAGUGCGAAACACGUUGGGUGGAGCAUUAAGAAUCUCUUUCUUUAUUUAA